AUGUCUUCAUCAACUUUCAAUGAGCUCAAUAGUGCGUUGACAACUGGAACUAUUGUUGCCGCUGUAAUCGGUUCGAUUUCAGUCACUGCGCUCAUCAUCGGAACUAUUAUAGUUAUUGUCUGUAUUAUCAAACAUUUCAAUCGUCGACGCGGUAUAGCAACGCAAGGAAGAGUUAUCCAACCACCACAACCAUAUGCAUAUCCACAUUCUUGGUCACAACAGUAUCCACCGAAUAUAACUAGUGUAGAAAAUUAUCCAUCUCAGCAAGGACUACAUUUUUCGCCCUAUUCAGGAUCCACAACAACUUAUUAA